UGUAAACAGACCAGACUGUCCAACUUCCCGAAGUCUUACUGAUCCAGGAAGUAACACCCGCCCUUCGCUGUGAAGUGAAAACUAACUGCCUAUAGACGGAACCUGCAGAAGGUCUUAUCGUAUUAACGACGAUAUAGAUGAAGAAGGGUGGAGUCUGAGUAUACGUGAACACACCCCCACCUCUGAACACGUCAGAAGUUUGGUGAAAACUCUUGAUGUCUCCCUCUUUUUGGAUUUAAAAAUCAUCUCCAGCCGGAUCUCAGUGAUGGUGACUUCAGCUCAAGGAAACUGCCAACCUGCCGUUCAACAUGAAUUUGAGAAGUAAACAUUUGGAGGCUGCAUCUUUGUUGAUAUGUUUGGUCAAAGUCUUCUGUGUGAAUACGCUGACUUGUCAUCCAACUGAGUAUCAGACAGGGAAUGAAUGCUGUCCUCUUUGUCCAUCUGGAAAUCGUGUUAAAACACACUGCACAGAGUUCAGGAGCACUUCCUGUUUGCCCUGUGUGAAUGACACCUUCAUGAAUCUUCCCACUGGACUUAAACAGUGUUUCCCCUGCACGACCUGUGAUCCAGAUUCUGGUCUGAAGAUUUACAUUUCAUGCACAGCAACAACGGAUUCACUUUGUGAACCUCUGGAAGGAUUCUACUGUAUAGAACCCAAACAGAACCACUGUGCAGCAGCACAGAAACACAAACGAUGUCAACCAGGGCAGUACAUCAAACACAGAGGAACAGCCCAAACAGACUCUCAAUGCUCUGACUGCAGUGUUGGAACAUUUUCUGACGGGACGCGUACGUCUUGUCAACCACACACACAAUGUGAAUCACUAAACCUUCAGCUGAUGCAACCAGGAACAGCUUCAACUGACGCUGAAUGUGGAAAUGACAGUUUAAAUAACACAACAGUUGCAAUCAUCGUUGCAGUGGGUUUUUUUGGUGUUUUGAUUGCAUUAGUCGCCUUGUGUUUCUGGAAGUGCAAAUGAUAUCGUUCAGGACAAAGAAUAAAAGAAUUAAUUACCACAAGGGAAAACGCAACUGGAGGAGAAUCUGUGAAGAUGAUGUGAUGAAAAGCAGCAGGUGAGACAGCAGCGUGUUCUACAUUUAACUAUUCAUUAGUUGAGGACUGUCUAGAGCCGCUUUCAGACAUGACCUAAGGAGGAUGUCUACAGAAUUGGGUCCAGACUCUCGCUGGUGUUUGUCUUUUACACAGCAGGAGAUUCUAUAAAACAACUGCUUUGUUACAAAGGGCACACAGCUCAUCGUCUCACAGAUGUCACUGCACCCAAACUACAGUCGGCUGCACGUGCCUCAACACUCAGACUUCAUGAUCCUCUCUGGAGAGACAGCUCACAGCUGAAACUGGACUUAAUCAUUUAUAAGUGCUGGCAGAGCGGCAUGAUGGGACAAAUGGCCACCCUCAGCAUAUGAACUGAGAGUAUUCUCUUCAUCUUUUCUUCUGUGUAAUUUUCUUCACAACAGACACUUGUAUUUUGGAAGGACAAGGAUUAUAUAGUAUAUAAUUGUGUUUCACUGUGUGUUAUCGGCACAGUAGUGCAGUGUUGGCGCCUCACGUCAAGGUGGUUCCUGCUUCGAAUGGCUCCGGCUCUCCCCACAACUCUUAAAAGAAAAGCAGUAUAGAUGAUGGAUGCAUGUUUGUGAGUUGUGAUAUGAAAUUUCAUCAGAAUCUAAUGAUCCGUUUUGAUGAUUCAAAACACUGUUCACAAACAAACUUUCAGUGUUUAUGAAGCUUUACAUAUCUUCACGCUCAGUUAAGUGGAAGCAAUAUUUGAAAAUACAUAAGGAAUAGCUAGCGUUAUAUUUUUAUCUUUAUAAAUGUGUGAGUAAAGAUUCUGUGUUUCACCUGUAAAAGGUUAUGUGUUUGAAACAUAGAUGUCUCUUUUUAAACAGUACAGUGUAAAACUGGGGACAUUCAGUGCAAAUGGAUAAAAACAGUAUGCAUGCACACAGAAGAAGAUCUGAUGUAGUACCAGAGUAGUAUUAUCUGUUACUAAGCAAGCUGUUACUAAGCAACCAACUACAUAGUAUUCAUUCUGCUUCCUGUUUAUACUGGCCCAGUGUGCAUAACUGGUCACAUGAUCAAUGUUUUCAGGGGCUCUUUUAAUCUCAAAAUGUUUUUGUACCAUUUUGCUGCGGUUUCUGGGAUGAAAUAUUUAAAUGUUAGUUCACCUGACACCUUCAGAUAUAGGAGAGUUAACUGUAGUUAAAGUUUUAAAGUAAAAAAACUUGUUUCACUGAUUAUCAUAUUAUUUUAUUAAGCUCUAUCACAGAUCAUUAAUACUGAAGCAGCCGUGUAAGCUACAGUAAUAUACAUUAUUAACAGUUGUAUAUGCAGCGAUGUUAGAUAUAUUGUGAGAGCUUCUUUCUCUUUGGAUCAUUAAAGCAUCCUCUUCCGUUAAAGACCAUGAGUCGGUUGGCACCAUAAAUAUCAGGAAUAAAUCGAAAAUAAGAUUAAGUUUGUUAUUACUAUGUAGUUCAAAUACAUGAACACAAUUUUACACUUCAAAGUUUAAUACACUUUUAUUAAUACAAUUUAAAUUGUUAUUAUGACCAUUCUUGUUGUUAUGAACAUUCCUCCUACCGAGAGGGAUGAAAUGCUGCCACAACCAGGAAGCAGCAACAACCCGGGCUGAGCAAUGAAGCCUAUGCUGAAGUGCAAAAAGCUGCAGUUCACUGAGUGGCCACUUUAGUCUGGCUCCAAAAACGAGGCAAUUCCCACUGACUCCCAUGUUAAAAAGUCCCAGUCACUGAACGUGACCCGAGUCUGUGGAGAAGUUUUCAGUCACAUAUCGGAUGAAUAAUACGGUUUGUUUUUGGCCUGACAGAAAGGUCGAAGACAUCUGUGCUCCAGUUUCUGAUGGUCAAUAAAGUACCAGUAUUUUAUUUAUGUAUUAACAAUGAUUAGCAGGUAUUGGUGUCCCUGUACCUGGCUUGUUAGCUCAGCUCUUCUAAUUAGUCAGCUAAUGAAUUAGCCUCCAGGCAAGAUAUCAGCAGUAAUGACGAUGCUAACUGGAAUGUAGGAUUGUUCACUACUGUUAUUAACCGACACAACACCGACAUGUGAUAAUACUAUUAAACUGAAGUGUGUGUGUGUGUGUGUGUGUGUGUGUGUGUGUGUGUGUGUGUGUGUGUGUGUGUGUGUGUGUGUGUGUGUGUGUUUGGAGAAUAAGCUCCACCACGUUAGAUAUCUAAUAUUAUGUCAUGUGGUUUAGGUCGCCAAACUAGUAGUGCAAUGGUAAUGUAACCACGCCCUCUCUCUGUCCGCUGCCUGGAGGCGCCUCUCCGCAUAGCACAGGACUCUGCGUUGUGUUUCUUAUGGUGGUGGGGUGUCAUGCGGGGAGAAGGAAGCACCGGACAUGGGUUCUAAAUUGCGGCUGAGACCUGUUUAGCCAUUUAUUGCUCCAACACCUUGCAGGACAGCAAAAGUAAACUCUUUUUAGAACAUAAAACAUAUUUCAGUGCAACAGAACAUAUAUAUAAAAAAAUACAACAUAUGUUGCCCAAAAUAAAGGUUACUGUGCAUUUAAAUUAACUGCAGGGACCUCAACAAAUUAUUGACUGUCACAGUACAAUGGUACCAACUGUACAGACCACUGCUACUAUUGCAGUGGUCUGUAAUCACACACAAUAUUUAAGGGCUAAACACGAGUGCUCACUAUUAAAAACAACACUGCAGUGUGGCCUAACAUCUUUCUAAACACAAUAUACCACCAGGUUAACAACAUGGGUGGUUUUAGUUUAGAUAUAUUAUAAUAUUGAGAGCUGUCGUGAACACCGCUUACCUUGCAGGACAGCAAAAGUAAACUGAGAAAAGCUGCUUUGCAAAUGGCCAAAGUCUCAGAGCUAAACAGUGCAAAUGGCUGGAUUUUCUAGAGGGUAAACAGCGCAACAGCGCUGCCCUGUGGCGCAUAAAGGCUACUACCUUAAAGUAACAUUGAUGCUACGCUUGACUGUGUACGUUAAUGUGAGUGACUUCAGCAUUAAUGUCAUAUUAGACAUAUUGUUUCAGAAAUACCGUUGCAGCUGCUGCAGUGUGAAACUCGUUGAGCUGGAGUUUGUUAUUGCGGCUGUACGGUAAAUUAAUGUGAAUUUAAAUAGUUUGAUUGAUAAUAUUAUUACAACAAAGACAUUAUCAUACUGCAGAAACCGAUUUACUGUGAUCGACUGAAACGUGGAUAUUUAAUGUCACAUCUGCAUUUUAAGAGCAGCUGUUUAAAGUAGCAUUACAUCUCCUAAAGCUCUUUAUUCAGAGUAUUGGUGUUGAUGUGUUUGUUUGUCAAAUGAAAAUAAAUAAUAGGAAGUGUAACUUUACGAGAAUUGACGGUCACAGAGAAAACCUGAGGCUGAUGUCCACCACCUAUUUCCUAAACUGAAGUGAAGUGAUUAUGAUCUGAUGAACUUUGAAGUAAUAAACUUUUACCUCAGGUGCUGCAGAGCUUAAAUUGUUAUAUUAUUUUUCGCUAUUUGUUAAUAUUUGCUCUUUUGCAAAUUUUCAGUUAAUGCUUGUUUAUACUUAUAACCAUAUAUAUUGUUGUUUUAUGUCCUAUGCACCAACCACACCAAGUCAAUUUCCUGUAUGUGAAAAUAUACUUGACCAAUAAAAGAAUUGUGAUUCUAAAAAGCAA